AAACGCGAGGGAUGAGUCGUAGCCCUUAGGGGACGUUUUAUUGCCUCUUGGAACAGGAAAAGACAUGCCCUUUGCUUCUUGUUUCUGCGAGAUGGCCGUGCUGUACGACCGCAAUGACACGCGUUGCAGCAACGCUCUAUUCAAAAUGAAGCCUUACCCAGUCGUUCUAUACUUACUUGUUUUCUCCCCGCCUCUCCCAAGCUGCUUCUGAGCCGUGAAGCAUCGCAUAUUCCCCGACUUUUGCUGCCCCCUCCGCCCAACAUGUCGCUGGAGUGCAGCCGUGUUACCAACGCCUCGACGGAGCGAGGAAGUUUGGAUCAAAGGAAGCUCGUGCAACGUAUUGAAAUCCAGAAGACACUGGAGAUUGAUACUACGACCAUUCGACCGGUUUACAACGGAUGCCGAAAGAAGGACCCUAAAGCCUUGAUUCUGCGGGGGGCAGAUAUAAUUGCGCCCAUUGCAAGGAAGCACCUGAGCAUAUCUGCACAGGAGUCGAUAUCACCGGCUGUUGCAAACUUCCAAGAGGCUUUGCGCUUGUUCCCCCCGUUUCGUGACGAUGACGGCGCUAUUCUAGGGGCGGUAGAUGUCAAGUGUUCAGACUGCGAGGCAAUCUUUUCGUCUUCGGAUGAACUUGGACGCCAUUACCUGACAAGGUUCUGCCCAGGAGCUGCGGUGAUCGUAUAUGUGAUGACCCGGGAUCGGCUCAUCACCAAGGGCUACAGGAUCGAGAAAAGGAUUAUACCUCUGGAUGGCCAUCCACUCCACUUCUUUUGCGGGAAGUGUGAAAGGCUCUUUGCGGUUGACGAUGACCAGAAGGUAACCAGACAUAAGAAUACACCCUAUUGCGUCGACUGCACACACUGCGGAGUAAAGUGCAAUAUCUCAUAUGAGCCCCCCAGUGGCGACCCACGCGAUGAUAUCAGCUUUCGAGAUGUCUCAAAAGACAUAGCUGGCAGUAUUCACAGCGGGAGUCCCAGCCUUACGCAGAAGGCUUUCGCGAGUUCAAAACCACUGCCACUCAUUCCCGGUGAGCAGACUUCAAAAGGGACAGCCGGCAGAUCCAGGGCACGGAAACUGCGAGAUUCCUGGUCGUUCAGAAAAUUCUCCCAGAGCGAUGAAGAUGAGUUGAUUGCCAUCAGUUUUGCUAGCUCCUACGACUUGGAACGAGUUCAUGCUCCUAAUGGAGUCUUCCAGCAAAUGAUUGAUUGCCAGCCAAACACUUCACCAACUGCGCAGCCAGCUAUUAUCACAGGAAUGAAGACACACAAUGAAGUCUCAGGGUUAGAUCUUAAAAGAUCUACAACAACACUUUGUGAGGAAGAAGUCGAUCAUCCGACAUCGAGCUCUCCAGAUUCCGACGGCGAUUUGCUCGAGCUCGAUGAUAACGAAGAACAUGCCGCUGCUGAAGACCCUCGAUUAUCGCGCAGACAGUCAUUUUUCCGCUGGGUUUUCGGAGAAAAACUGAGUAAAGGUUUAUCACGGGCUAGCUCAGCAUCCAGUCGCAGUGGCAAGAAAUUGAUCAAAAGAGCAAAUACCGUGCGAUUUUCAUUUGUGUCCAGGGUCUCUAAAUUUGAUGACGCGGAUGACGAAGAGAAGCACGAAGCUCAGGAAGACAUUCGAGCCAAGCAAGACUCGAAAAAUAUUGAAAUCGCAAAUAUAGGACUCCUCGACUUGCUGCGCUGCUCUCAGAAUAUAUAUGUGCACAUCCAGAAGCUUUCAGAGGGCGCUGUGGUACACGAUGUCUCUGGGCGGCAAAGAGUUUUGUCAAUGGAACAAGUAGCCCUUCUCUUUAUGCAGGUCAAGGACGAAGUUUCAGCAGCGACUAUCUGGUCUCGAACAACGACCACCCGACUUCGUGCGGAGGGUUCCUUGAAACAGGGGAAUUCACGAGCGGCAGUUGCCUUGUACCAUGAUGCUCUCAGGAUGCUGGACCACACUCCUGCUCUGGACGUCGACAGGUUGUCACGAGCUGGCAUGGUUCACGCUUUGGGUGAUGCCUAUCGCCAUCUCGAUAUGCCUGCCGAAUCGGAAGCGUGUUAUCUGGAGGCCUUAGGACUCUACAAGCGGUCCCUGGGCCGAGAUCACCCAAAGAACUUCGUUGUACUUCAGGACUUGGCCAGUCUUUGUGAAAAAGAUGGAUAUGCUACGGAGGCUGCCGCAUUGUUCGAACGAUCGUACGCUGGUAGGCUAAGAAGUUUGGGACAGAAUUCACCAGAGACAUUGAGUAGCAUGCAGGAUCUUGCGGCAAUCAAAGUCUCUAUUGGGGAUUUGGAGUCAGCUCUUUUCCUCCUGGAGAAGGCAGUCUCGUCCCUCGACACGGUGUUUGGCAUCCAGAACGAGAUGACCUUGACCGCCAUGGACAAGCUCUCAAUCUUGUAUCUGAAACUUGGUCUUGAGAAGGAGUCUCGGGCGAUAUCCGGCAAGAUGAUACCUCACUGUCGAACCUUCUUCGGGCUGAGUAGCCCCAUCACCAGGAACACGGUCGUACGCUAUCUUCACAAGUCCGACAACUUUGACUUCUCCGCUGAAGUGAAAGACGUCCUUGACCAGUAUCGCCGCUCACGAGACCCGGAUGCUUUACGGGUCAUCCACCGGCUGGGUAGAGCAUAUAUGGAUGCAGGCCUUAACCGCGAUGCGAGCUCUCUUUUCGAGACCUUGUUUGAGGAAUUCAUCGCGGUGAAAGGGAUGGAUGCACCGGAAACUUUCGAUGCCCUCAGUGCUCUCUGUGUGUCUCGUGAACAUCUUGAUUCGAUGGAGAAAGCUAUAGAGUCAUAUAGCCAACUCAUCCAUUUGGCCCGGCGGACACCAGAGGGCCACCAUUCCCGAAAACGGAUUGCAUAUUCGGAGAAGAGGAUCGCAGAUCUCAAUCACCGACGGGAAGUGCUCGCUGCCGAGAAGAAAAGCUGGGGUUUGAAUGAACAAAAACCCUGUGUCAACUGCGCAAUCACCACUGCCGCCCUUUGUAGCUCGUGUCAUAUCUUUCGCUUUUGCAGCGAGGCCUGCCAGCAGGCAAGCAGUCCAGAGCAUCUGCCAUGGUGUAUCCCAUCGGUCACCCUCCGUGAAUCCAAGUCCAUCGCCAUCAAGCCGCGAUGUCCGGCAUCCGCCCGCGAGCUGGCCAUUUCUAAAAUCCGGUUCGCCGACAGCAACAGCAUCAAAUCCGUGAAUGUGACCGCCAGUUACACAUAUUAUCUAGACCCGCGUAAUCUGGCGACCUUCCGGAUGAAGCUCAACUCGACCGUCAAUACGUUGAUCCUGUUCUCGACCGAGUCAGACAUCCGGUAUACGGUUCUGAAUGAUAACCAUAGCCACCCCAACACUGCCUCGGCAUCUACCAUUAAGCCCACAGAUGACACUUGCAGCCUGGAAGGGAUAGACUGGCUAACGCCCCAAUGCCAGGAGUUCAUCUGCCACAUCCCCGCUAAUGAAGCGACUACGUCGUCCACCGGGUCAUAUCUAAUGGUAACUCCGGGGAAAGAAAUGCUAAAGGCUAUCAUUGAGAAGCGGGUGAGCGUCCGCAGCGCGGCGGGAGAGAAGGAGCGGUUCCAGGCGCUCCAACUGCCGAAUGAAGAGCUCAUCGAGUACGUCCAGGGCCUGUUGGUCGAGGGGUACAUGGGCGAGGCGUUCAUGUACGUCCUUGAAUGGAUGUGGAAAUAGAUGGAGGGGGUAGUUGGGGGGUGCGAUGAAUGGGUUUCUCUGGGAUCUGGGUCUUUUUCUUCGAGUACUACUUGGUGCAUGAUAAGUUUUGGUACAUAAGACGGAGAGGAAUGUUCUGUAUGGCAAAACUGCUUUUUUAAUGAAUGUCGAUUAUGGAUCUAAUGAUAAUUCCUGUACUUCAAACCUGC